CUGUCCCGAAGAGAAACAUGACUUAGGCCGAGAAUAGGACUGGUUCAAUUUGGAGAUAACAAGAGCCAUUGGCAACGGAGAUUGCACCUCCUCUCCAGGUUUACGGGGCUGGUGCCAUGGCGACGCCGCUUCGCCUGCCUCGGCUCCUGGGCCUACUACCUCGAUUCCGGCUCGGCUCCCGUCGCCCCGUUUCGGACUCGGCGGCUCUCCCCGGCGGCCGCAGUACGGGCCUGGGCCUGCUCUACCCAGGCCACAUACCCACCAGCCCACUACAGAAGGCGCUGCUGGCGGCCGGAGCCGCCUGCAUGGCGCUCUAUGACCCCUACCGCCACGACAUGGUUGCUGUUCUGGGUGAGACCACAGGACACCAAGCUCUGCGGGCACUCAGGGACCGGAUGAGGAGGGACCCCGAGGGUACCCAGAUCCUGCAGGAACGGCCUCGAAUCCAGCUCUCUACCCUGGACUUGAACAAACUCCGGACCCUACCAGAGGGCUCCUUUGGUUGGGAGUAUGCCCACUUUCUUGAUGUUAAUAGGGUAUCCCCAGAUACACGAGCGCCCACCCGCUUUGUGGAUGAUGAGGAACUUGCUUAUGUGAUCCAGCGUUACCGUGAGGUUCAUGACCUACUCCACACCCUUUUGGGAAUGCCCACCAACAUGCUUGGAGAAGUUGUAGUUAAGUGGUUCGAAGCCAUCCAAACACGCCUGCCCAUGUGUGUCUUAGGAGCUGCCUUUGGACCCAUCCGACUCAGUGCCAAGAAGCUGAAGGUGUUGAUGUCAGAGCUGAUUCCCUGGGCGGUUCAGAAUGGCCGAAACUCCCGGUGUGUCCUCAACCUCUACUACGAACAACGGUGGGAGCAACCCAUAGAAGCCCUCCGGGAGGAGCUAGGCAUCACUCCACCCCCUACUGUACGGCCAGGCCAUACUCUGUCCCCGAAGCUCUGAUCCAACAGGUUCAUGCCAACCCUGUGCCGCUGGGCUGCCCUGCCCAGGAUCUCUGCGCUCUGUACCCAAGGACACCUAGCCCCAGAUAAGGGGAUGAAGUGAGUUCAAAAAGCGGACCUAAAGGGAUAUGUGUAUACGUCUUAUUUCCCCAAAGAGAUAUGGGAAUAAAAGGAAUCUACUUACCGUUCAGAAGAGAUCCACCACUGCCGUGUAAGUGGAACUGGAUGGGCUCAAUACAGAGAAUCCUGUUGAUUUAUCAGGAAUCCCUGGCUCUGUGAAUUUAUUUAAUUUACUCUCCAGUCACCCUGCUCUCCCCUGAAAGAAUUCCUUCUACCUCAUCUUCUCCCAUUAUUUCACCCUUUUUUCUACUUUUCCCUCCAAGUUCAAGAAUCUUUUUGGGUGGUUUGGACAGAAUGCCAGGAUGUCAGCUUUUUGGAUUCAGAAGGGGUGUAAGGAGGGAUGUUGGUUCCAUAAUCUGAAUAAAGCCCUCUUUUGGACCCGGA